AUGCUGUCAGCUGCAGAACGCGCAACUCUCUCCGCCGCCAUUCGUGGACGUGUGCCGUCGUCCGUAACGAUUCGCAGCUGCUACGAUGCGAGGAACAAAAUCUCGAACGCAUUCAAUCCAAUGAUAAGGAGAGAUGGGGCUUCAAUCGUGAAAGAAGGAGAUCCGCUUUUCAUGACUAGAGCAACCUUCGACCACCAUAUGUUGUCGCAAAGGACUCAGUGUGCUGAUUCAAGCUUCGGGGUUAGACCAACUUUCUGGCAGAAGCGUUUUCUGGUUUUGACGAGGAUGUACCAACGUCAGAGUGAGAUCCCAGAACUUGUGGCUAAUGGAACAUUGAAUCGUAUGCACGAUCGCAUGCGCAUCGUGACCACGUUCGCUUUGGUCUGCGGCUUCUUCGCUUUAUUCUACUAUUCCCAUGCUACCAACGUCGCAAGAGUGAUGCGUGAUCGUGAAGCCGGUGUUACCAUGCACUCGUAA